UUCGCCCCGGGCCCCGGGGUGGGAGGCGGAGCUGCCCCGUCUCCAGGCAACGGGGAAGCGGCGCGGGACCAGGUCCGGGACGCACUAUGCCCCCCAAGAGAAGGCAGAAACUGCAGCAAGAGCAGAAGGGGCAGCCAGCUGUGGCUGCUCCCCUGGAUGGAGCUGAUGAGGGGGCUGCAGCCAGCAGAGAAGAGGUGCUGCUGCAGCAGGAGUACAGCCGCCUGUGCAAGGAGCUGGAGGACAUGAAGGGGGCACGUGUUCAGCUUCGGGAGGAGAACGAGUUCCUGCAGCAAGAGGCCCAGCGCCUCCGGGCUGAGAACCAGGAAUUCAUGUGCUAUGUGGCCAAGCGGGCCCAGCGGCGCCAGGAUGCCAUCGUCUCCCUGAAUGAUCAGAACAAGCAGGCUGUAGAGGAGAUCCGCAGGGAGCAGCAGGAACUGCUCACCCUCUACCAGAGGAAGGAGGCAGCUCUGCGGGAACAACUGUUGCACAAAGAGGGUGAACUUCUCCACCUUAGCAAGGAGGUUGAGGGCCUGCGGGAGAUCCAGGCACUGCAGCAGGAGCAGGCUGCCCACAUCAGGGAGCUGCAGGGAGAGCUGGUAACCACCAGGCAGCAGCACACUCAGCACCUGCAGGAGACCAAAAGCCAUUUCCUGCAAGAGAAGGCUGCCUUUGAGCAGAAGUCCCAGCAGCAGGCGCUCUGCCUGCUGCAGCAGGCACAGGAAGUGGUUGCACGAUGCAUGCAGGAGCAUAGUGACCAGGUGAAAUGUGAGAACCAGGAGCUGCGGCAGGAGCUGCACCAGCUCAUCCAGCGAUCACGCACACUGCAUUUACACAAGCGCCGGUUAGAGAAUCAGGCACAGCAGCUGCUGCGAGAGCGUUGCUACAUGCAAGACAUGGCUCGCCUGUACCACACCCACCAGGGCAAGAAGUAGGCCCUAGCUGUGACCCCAGGAAUGAGCUGACAGAGAGGUGGCCACUACUCACUGCCAUGACUUGGUUUUGGUAUUAGAAUUAUUUAGGACUGGGGUUCUCAAACUGGGGGUCGGGACCCCUCAUGGGGUCACGAGGAUAUUACAUGGGGGGGUCAUGAGCGGUCAGUCUCCACCCCAAACCCCACUUUGCCUCCAGCAUUUAUA